AAACGCGUCCAUGACCCCUCUCAGGCUUCUCUCUGAUAUGGGUGAUUUACGACAGAGAGGUCUCUAGUUUUUUUCGUUGACUUUUAACGAAUGUAACGUAUACAGUAUAUCGAGUGUGUGCAUAAGGAGUGUGUGUAACGUGAUUCGUCUCUUGCUUUUUUUGCAUUUACUAUAAAUAAAGUUCACUGAAUAAAACGUGAUAUAAAAGUCUUUCGAACACAUCGAUAAUGAGACAAAUAUUUUAUACAAUUUUUUUUGCGAUCACUUUGGUUGAUGAAGGUGAAAGUUUGUACUGUUACAGAUGUAACAGUAAUCUUCCCGGGUGUGGUACGCCUUUAAAUUGGUUAUGGUAUUGGGGAGAAACUUGUCCAGAAUACGACGAUAAAUGUGUAAAGAUAAUCGAACGGAAAGGAGCGGAAACAAUCAUCACGCGUGAAUGCUUGAGUUCCGUGCGUAGCUUUAGAACAGAUAUACCAGCGGAUCAUUAUGAAGGCUGCAGAUCAGCCGCAAAAGAUGUACGAUUAGGACAUUACGUCAACAACAGCAUUUAUCAAUUGGAUAUUCAUCGUGAUUACUAUGACGAAGUUACUUGGUGUUUCUGUUACUUUGAUCACAGAUGUAACAAUGCAGGAGUCGCGACUUUAUCAAUAUCGGUUCUAUUAGGAAUUACGAUACAAUAUUUUUUAUCUUGAGAUUAUUACAUGCGAUACAUUUCUAAAAGAAAUCUCGGUAUCAGGGAGACAAAAAUCUCGAAAAGAAGAUGUUAAGAUUAUAAUUGGGUUUGAAUCAAUGCGAUCAUCAAUAAUGCUUAAUAUAAUAAGUACGAAUAAUCGAAUAAGAUAAAGUGCUAUUCAUUGAC